UUAUUUAUUGCUCUGUAGCUUCACUUUAAUACUUGUGGAUAAAAAUAGAGGAUCAAUGGGAAUACUGCGCAAAGUCUCUUUAAACUAUUGCUGUUUUGCCAUCUUCACCACUUUUAAGUCUCAGGUGGAUGCCAAAAGUUUAAGCUCUUAUCAAUAUAAUGAGUAUAGUACCAAAAAAAUAAGGCUUCUAAAACAAGUGACCUGAUUCAGCCGGGUUAACAGAAAACAGCUGAUUGAAUGUUGGCCCAACGGGUUACAGCUAAAUGUCAUCACAUUUGUCAGUUCAGCAAACCGAAUAGCACAAGCGAAGAUUGUUUACAUCGUUCAAUUAGUGAAAAAUCUCAGUAAUAUCUCAUUCUCUCGAAGUUUCCAAGAAAAAAGAGGCCAUGCCUCUAAACGGAACAGAAAGUGAUGAGAUACAGCACGUGGAGGCAGUUAAUUUUGCAGAUAAUCAAACCAGCGUCUGCAGACUUUGCUGCAAACCAGAAAAAUGGCUUCACUCCAUUCAUGAGAGCCAUUUCCAGGAACUUCCCUACAGCCAAAUCUAUCAAGAAGUCAUCAGGCAGCCCCUUAAGGAGUACAGAAGUCAUCCUCUUAAGAUUUGCGAGACAUGUGUGACUGAUAUGCUGAAUGCUUACAAAUUCCGUAAGACAUGCCUCGAAACGGAAGAAAAGCUUAAGAACCUAGAGGGAGAGCGCGAAGAGAUUAAUGAUCCUCGGAUUGUUAUUAUUAAGGAAGAAGUUUGUGACGCUGAAUUAUCUGUGCAGCGAAAUGAUGCAGAUCAUCGGAAAGCCCAAGAAAAUGGCGAGGAAAGCCGUCUAACAAACGCCAACAAUGUCACUGAAACGCCAAUUCAGGAAGAUAAUCGCACUGAUUUCAGAAUUAUGGAUGACAAUCUAGAGAAAGAUAAUCCAGAUCAGACUCUCUACGAUCACGAGAUGCUCAAUGCGGAAGAAAAUUCAACAGAAAGCUCCAGCGCAUGCAGGAUUUGCCUCGAUCACAGGAAGGAACUCUUCUCCAUUGACGAAGGGAUUUUUGAGGGUAUCCCUUACAAGGACAUCUACCAGGAAUGUAUUGGACAGACUCUCAAAGAAUACAGAAAUCAUCCUCCAAAGAUUUGUCAACCGUGUGAGACUGACAUGCUGAAUGCAUACAAAUUCCGAAAGAGAUGCAUCGAAACAAAUAAUAAACUUAAGGAGUCUGAGGAUGAAUUUCAAGAGACGAAUGAUCUUCUUGUGGAAAUCAAACAUGAAAUGGACUCCUGGUCUCUUCAACUAGAUGAGAAUGAAACAUGGGAUGACCAAGAUAAUGUUGAGGAUGACCAAGAGACAACCAUGGAAAACAAUGAAAAUGAUCCGCAGCAAUUCCAACGCAGUGAUGAAUCUACUACUUCAAGAGAAUGCCAGGAAAUUGACAAUGAAUCUCCAAUGUUUGAUGACGACACAGAAGUUGAGACAACAAAACCAAUGGUAGAAGAUCAUUCCACUGCUCGUGCAACGGUCAUCCUCGAUGGAGCGUGUAGGAUUUGUCUCAAACCUGAAAGUCGUCUCAUUUCCCUUCUCGAAGGGGUUUUUGAAAAAUCUUCCUACAUGGAAAUCUACCAGGAAACUCUUGGUCAGCCCCUCAAGGAGUACAAGAAUUAUCCACCUUGGAUUUGUCAGCCGUGUGAGCAUGAUAUGUUGCAUGCUUAUAAAUUCCGUAAACGGUGCCUUGAAACUGACGAGAAAAUUCAAAUGCUGGAGGAGAAUUUCCUUCUCAGAAAAAUAAGAGAAGAGCUACCAAGUACCUCAAGUAUUAGAAAAUCAACGACACCAUGUAAUGCAACGGGAAAUUCGGAUGAAGAUGACAUCAAUAUCAAUUCGUGUGCGGAGGACAAUGAUACAAAGGAAGAUGAAGAUGAUGAAAGGUCACUUUCCCCAAGGAUUACAAGGCAAAAGAUGGCAACAAGGCAGACGCUACAUGACACAGAUCAUUCACUUGUUCCCAAAAUUGUACUAAGGAAGUUGGAUGGUGCAGAGGAAAAGCCUGGAAGCAGCAAGAAAACUCUCGCAAAAGAACCGCCAAAUUCACAGAAAUAUCCAAAAAGAAAAAGAAAGAGCUCAAGUUUUGUGAGGAGUGAGGAAGAUGGAUCAGACAAGAUAUAUAAAUGUGAGUUCUGUCCAAAAGUUGCCAGAGAUCUCUCUAAUCUUAAAAACCACAUGCUGCUAUCCCACGAAAAGUCCGAAAUGGUGAAAUGUGACAUCUGCAGGAAGAACAUAAAAAAGACAUUUCUGAAAUUUCAUCUUAAAAAACAUGAAAUUUAUGAACUGAAGAAAACAUCUGAUGCGUCUGCGGUAUGCACUGAUUCACCCUACAAGUGUUCAAAAUGCCCAAAACGCUUCAAAACUGUCCAGGGGAUAUCAUAUCACACAGUCGCCAUACACGAGAAGGCCAAGAAAAUCAAAUGUCGCAUCUGCCGAAGGUUAAUUAAGGAAAAAAUUAUGAAGUUCCAUUUGAAAACACAUGAGAAAUAGGUUUCCACCAUCACAAAGGAGAUAUUUUACGGAUAGUUAUGUAAGAGAAGAAAAAUUCAGUAAUUAUUAAAACCGAGUUAAAAAAAAUAAUAGGU